AUGAGCGCAGGGAGUAGCGGAGGUGAGGCGACGGAGCGCACGCCGCUCCUGCGUCGCUCGGACAAUGGCGACGGCAGUGGCGGCGAACAGGGGCGCGAUAUUGCCAUGCCGCCCCUCUCACGCCUGGCCCCCAUCUGCGUCGCCAUCUGGGUCCCCGUCUUUGUCGCCUCGCUCGACUCAACAAUCGUCGCCACCCUCGUGGGAUCCGUCUCGUCGUCCUUCAACCGGUCCGAGCAGGCUGCAUGGCUGGGCUCCAGCUAUCUCCUCUCCGUCUGCUGCUUCACGCCCAUCUACGGCAGGCUGUGCGACAUUAUGGGACGCAAGUAUGCCAUGCUCCUUGCCCUGUCCUUUUUCAGCGCCGGCAACCUCCUCUGCGGCCUUGCACCCAGCAUGGAGAUCCUCAUUGCUGCGAGAGCCAUCGCGGGAGCCGGCGGAGGCGGCCUUACUACUUGCACGAGUACCAUUCUCUCCGACAUUAUUCCUCUGCGCAACCGCGGACUCUAUCAGGGCUUGACCAACAUCAUCUAUGGCCUCGGUGCAGGCCUGGGUGGGCCCAUGGGCGGCCUCCUCAACGAUACCUGGGGCUGGCGAAACGCAUUCCUGGUUCAGAUGCCCUUUCUGAUCCUCUCGCUCGCGCUCUGCCUCUUUAUCAUCCCCAUGGGCCCAAAGAUCAAACCAGACGGCCAGAUGCUCGACCGCGAGGCCGAGGAAGAACCAAGCAUCUUUGAAAAGCUCAAGACGAUCGACGUCAUUGGUUCUUUGACGCUUGUCGGCUUCGUUGGCUCGAUCCUCUUUAGCCUCUCUUCGAUGUCAGCCGACGAUCGAACCAUCGACGAGCCAAUCGUGUGGGGCGGUCUCGUCUUCGGCACCGUCAGCGGUGUGCUCUUUGUCUUUGUCGAGACAAAGGUGGCGCGUAGCCCGAUUCUGCCCAUGAAACUUCUCACUUCGCGCACCGGCGCUGCUGUUGCCAUCUGCAACUUGACUCAGUCGAUCACCAACUUUGCCUUUCUCUACAAUUACCCGUUGGUCCUCCAGGCCGUCCGACUCGAGUCUGCUUCCAAGGCGGGCCUGCAUCUGAUUCCCAACUCGAUUAUGCUGUCGAUCGGCAGCGUCAUGGCGGGCCUCUAUAUGCGCAAGACGGGCUACUACCACAGGUACAACGUCUUCAGUGCUGCGCUCAUCGUCGUCAGCAUGUCCUGGAUCCUGCUUCUCAGCCCCAAGACACCUGAAUGGAUCACGUACGCCGCCGUCGUUCCCACGGGCUUUGGUUUCGCCAGCGUGCUCACCUGCACCCUGCUCGCCCUCAUCAACACGGUGCCUCGGUCUGAGAUUGCCGUUGCCACGGGCGUCUCCUACCUCUUUCGCACCACCGGCCAGGUCGUGGGCGUCGCCGUCUCCGGCGCCAUCCUGCAGAACUCGCUCAAGCACGAGCUGCGCAAGCGGAUUAAGGGAGCAGGCGCCGAGGAGCUCAUCACAAAGAUUCGGCACCAGUCGAGCAUCAUUCCCCAACUGGCAAAGGCACAGCAGAAGGCGGCCAUCAGGUCGUACGACGUCAGUCUCAAGCAUGCCUUCUUCUUUGCCCUCUGUUCCUCCCUCAUUACGCUCCUGGCCACCUAUAUGAUGGAGAAUCUGAAGCUACCAGAGGUCGGCAAUAAGCCCCUUCAGGCUUCCGAAGAAGAAGAGGCUACUCAAUCAUAA